AUGUUUGCUAACAAUUUGAACGACUCGUUCGAGGAAGACAUAUUUUCCAUACAGGAUAGCAGUCAAGACAUAUUCGAGAUAGAGAAUGUUAAUAAUGUUAAUGUGGCUAGCGAUGAUCCUCCUGUGGAAACUGCAAGAAGAGGAGUGAAGAGAAAUUUGAAUUUCGGAGCAACAGACCCAUCAGCAGCCGGUGAAUCAUCUGUACGAAAAAAUAUUGAAACUUAUGUGUUUCUCGAUUUCGAAACUACAGGGCUUUUCAAGCUCGAUUUAGACAGGAAUCGGCCGGAUGCUAUCGAUGAUCCCGACGUAUGUAUCGAAUACUUUAAGAACUUCGUAGAAAGAGAAAAUGUUGUUCAUCCGAGAGUUGUUGAGAUCGGUAUGGUAGCUGUGCGUAGAAGUGAUUUUGAAAAAACGGUUACGAAGAUUAAGAAAAAAGAGGAUUUCAAAUCCAUCACUCGAUCUGUUUUCUCAUGUCCUGUAAAUCAUGGGCUUACUGGACAUGAAUUGGAUAUGCAUUUACUUCAAAUAGAUCCAGCACCAGAAGUGCUUACAUUUUCUGAUAGAAGAUGCUUCCGAGAAGAAUGGCCUGGUGUCAAACAUUUCUUGGAUGGGCUCAAAAAACCUAUUUGCUUUGUAGCUCACAAUGGAUUGAAGUUCGACUUUCGUAUCUUAUUAGCGGAAAUGAAAAGAGCUAAUAUAGAUGUCCGAGAAAACUUAGGAGGAUGCUUCUUCGCAGACAGCAUAUAUGCUUUCAAAUCGGUUGAUCAAGUCUACUUGAAACAUAUCAAAAACAUUGUGGAUGCUAUUGAUUUCACUAAAAUUAAGGUUGCCAGAGAUGAGAAUAUUAUUGUUGAUGCGCAGCCUGUACUUAUACCCAAUAAGGACGAAAUCCAAAGAACUCCGGAUAGAUUACCUCCUCAGCUUAUUCCUAGAACGGCUCCUGCUAGAAUUUGUCCGCGAGGCGAUGAAGAUCAGUUGGAAUCCGAUCAUCCUUUUCGUUAUUUGAAAAUCAACAACUGGCCUUUGGCUAUCAAAGCUCGUUUUCAAUCUUCUUUCAUACGGAAAGACACUGAUGAUUGGAGCUUCAAUGAGUGCUCAUACAAAAGAUUCAACAAGAGCUUCGGUCAAGGGAAUCUAUAUCAAGCUAUUUUCCACGAGACAUUCUGUGCUCACACCGCUGUUAACGACUGUGAAGCUCUACUGAGGUUAUGCUUGGCAUUUGAGACUGUACCUUACUUCGACAAAGCGUCAGCAUUGCUUUUCAACUUGUAA